AAAAAAUACUUGCAACAUCAAAGCUACACAGGUAGAAUCAUCGACCGUAAGUAAGUACUACUCCUACGUACAUUAAGUGUGAGCUUGAUUAACUAUGGAGGUAUCCAAGCUGGCCAUUGCUUUGGCCAUGGUAGCCGCCAUGGCACUCCCCUCCCAAGCUCAAAACUCCCCGCAGGACUACGUGAGGCUCCACAACGCCGCCCGCGCCGCCGUCGGCGUGGGUCCGGUGACCUGGGACACGAGCGUGCAGGCGUUCGCGGAGAACUACGCCAGCCAGAGAAGCGGCGACUGCAGCCUGAUCCACUCCAGCAACCGGAACAACCUUGGCGAGAACCUCUUCUGGGGUUCGGCCGGCGGGGACUGGACGGCGGCGAGCGCGGUGCAGUCGUGGGUGGGCGAGAAGAGCGACUACGACUACGCCUCCAACAGCUGCGCGCAGGGGAAGGUGUGCGGGCACUACACGCAGGUGGUGUGGCGCGCGUCGACCAGCAUCGGCUGCGCCCGCGUCGUCUGCAGCAACGGCCGCGGCGUCUUCAUCACAUGCAACUAUAAGCCGGCCGGCAACUUCGUCGGACAGAGGCCUUACUAAGUUAUUUAUACACACGGGCGUACGUACUGGCUAGUACUACGUAUAGUAGUGAAUAAAUAAAGACGUGAAAAUGUAAACAGGUCAGUGUCUGAUCCACGCCUUCACGGUCCAUACCGAGGAUUCUAUAAAGCGUCAUGUCGUACAAGUAAAAAUAAAUAGUACUCCCUCUGUUUCUUUCUGUUUCAGGUUA